AUGGCAAGCACACAGCAGUUUGCUUUUGAGUAUGUCCAAAAUGGCAGAGCCCCUCUUGAGGGUCACCUCCAGAAACCCUCCUUGGUCGUUGAUGAGUUGCGAAAACAUAACAUCCUCAGCGAAAAACAAGUUAGAGAAAUUAAAUCCCAUAAAAAGAGGUCUGUCAAAACCAGAAAGAUGCUGGACAUGGUCAUGAAGAAAGGGGAAUAUGCCAGUUAUGAACUGUUAAAAAUAUUGUACAACACAAGGAACCAAACCUUCCCAAGAACAAACCCUACCCAGAAUCAACCUCGCCACCCAGAUUUACAUCAAUGGAUCAGCUGCUUUUCGUUUACGGAUGACCCAGAUUUACAGAAUGACCUCGUCUCUGGUACGUAAUGUGAUCCAGCUGCUUGUGUACGUCAAUAGAGUUGAGAUAUGACCUGCUUUUGUUAAAAUAAUUAAACUUUAUUGAAACCCUUGAUAAAGAUGAGCAAUAAUGACUGUAUAAAAUAAAUAAUUCAAAUAUUGAGCUAUAUUGUAUGCAAAAAUAUAUAUUUUAUCCUAAUACAAUUGCUCAGAGAAAGAGAUUUUGUUUAACAAGUAAUCUAUUUUUUUCUCAAAAAGGUAGGAGUCAAAAUGAUUGACACCCUUAAAGAUUGUUAGAAAUAAAGUAGUCAAAAGUUUCGUAUUUGGUCCCAUAUUCCUAGCCCAAUAGAAAUGAAUGGUAAUCGUGAAUAAUGAUGAGUGACAAAGUUAGAGGGUCAAAGAUCAUACCCCCAAGAUAUACUAACCUCUCACCAUUACCAAUAACAGAGUAGGUUUGCAUGUCUUAGGGGUAUGAUCUUUGACCCUCUGUAACUUUCUCACUCAUAAUUAUUCACAAUUCAUUCAGGAUUAUCCGUAAUCAUGGUAGCAUUCACUUUAAUGUAGAAGUGUUUAGAAACAUAUUAUAUUCUUAUUUACAAUGAAAGUGAUUCCAAAAUGGCAGAAUACAUAAUUUACCAUUCAUUUCAUUAAAAUAAUCUGAAACACAACCAAAACGAACUGCAAAUGCUGCAACAAGUUUGUAGAGUCACAAGCUUGAUGUAGUCGUAAAGAAAAUUUAAAAUGGUUUUCUCAUUGUUCUUGUCUGUUUUCUCUCUAGAAUUAGGACCUUGUGAGAGGUACAAAAGACAGCUGCGAUCGAAAGCCGUUGAGUUUCUUCAUGCAAAAUGGGACCAGCACAUGCAUUUCCUCAAAGACAAGGCAAAAUGCAAACCCUUUUCAUACAUUCCUGUCGUUUUGGACACAGACUCGAGUGAGCUGUCCAAAACUAAAAGCAAGUACAAAAAAGCACGCUCUAAGAAACUUAAGACUUACAUUCCAAGAGACAAGGGAAAACUGUCCCCUGGUCACUUACUAGAAAGCAAUGAGAAAAAGAUUCUACUUGUUGGUAAACCUGGCAUUGGAAAGACAACUGUUGUCCAGCAAGUUUUGAGUCUCUGGGCAGAGAAUGAGAAUCAUCAAGAGAGCUAUAUGUUCUACUUUGAUGAGCCUUCAAUGAGAUCAAUGUCUCACUCUUCACAGCCCUCAUCCUUGAGGUCUCUGCUGUUUGAAAGAUACCUUAAGCCAGAGGAAGGCACAGAGGAUGUGGUGCUGUGUGAUAUUCAAAAUAAUUCAGAAAAUGUUAUCUUCGUGUUUGAUGGGAUCAUGGAUGUGAUUGGCAACCCAGUGCUAAAUAACAUUUUGGCAAAAGAACUUCUGUGUGACGCCAAGAUUCUGACCACGUGCAGACCAGAGGCAGAAGACUGCGAGUUUUUAUCUGACUGGCCAUCUUACAGAGUGGAGGUCCAAGGAUUCAACAACGAGUCCAUCCAUGCUUACUUAAAGUGGAUGUUAGGCACUGAGGAUGACUAUGUUUGUAGUGUUGCGAGCAACGACGCACUAUUCAGUCUAUGCCAUGUCCCAAUGUACGCUUUCAUAGUGACUGCUUGCAUUUCAUUUAGUCCCUCUGAGGCUAAUAACCAUCCAUGCACCAUAACAGAAAUGUAUGUGCGGAUCUUUCGUCAUUGCAUGAAAAGACACGGUGACCAAAAUGUUGAGUAUCUGGAUAAGUACAUUCAUGACAACAUGGGGAACAUCAAGUUUAUUGCUACAAACUCUUUCCAAGCACUGCUUGCGAAAACUGUAAACUUGACAGGAAUGGAUUGCAAGGACAACAGGGUUCAACGUGCGUUCUUGACAUCCAGUGCUGCAAAGGAAUUGUCAACAGGCCAUUCAUUUGCUUUUCUCCACAACACGAUGCAGGAGUUUUGGGCUGCUCUUUUCCUGUUGAUGACACCAGGAAACAUCACCGCCGUCCUUCAACAGUGCCAGACAGAAGAAGGAAAGUACUUGAAGUACAUUGUGUCCUUCCUCUGUGGACUCUUGUCCAGUGACAUUGCUGAAUUGAUUAACUGUGUAGUGCCAGAGGACCAGAUAAGGGAAAUAUCUGACAUAUACCUUGAGAAAGUCAUAGACACCUUCCUCAGCCCUGCAACACUACAGGGACAUGAUGAGUCCCAUACCGAGUUGGAUGCUGAUCUCCUCUUCGUUUGCCAGUGCUUGUAUGAGCGCCAGUCACCCGAAGCCUGCUCACUCCUCCUACAAAAAGUGGAGUAUGAGCUUGAUCUCAAUGGACAAUAUCUUGAUCCUCAACAGUGUUGUGCUGUGUCAUAUGUGAUCAACCAGUCCAAAAACAGGAAUGUCUGUCUGUACCUGAAUGACUGCACUUUCUCUGAUCCAGGAUUGAGGUUGAUUCUGGGCUCUUUGAAAAAUCUUCAAUGUCUCAGGUAAGUCUGCUAUCAGUGAUCCUUUCCACUAUGUUUGUAGCUUUGGAAGUGCUCUCAGCUCUGGCUGUAAGAGUUUAGACAGUAUAUUCAUACUAAUUGGUAAGAUAUUGUAUCAAUACUUAAACUAACAGAUUCUGAAAGUAUCACAUUGACAUGGUACAUAACAUAGUUUGAACACUAUCAUCUUGCCUUUAGAUAAAACAAGUUAUGUCACUGUAAUUAAUAGAUUGGAUCCCACUACACAAUGUCAGUUGUGGAAAGCUGCUCUUCACUCAGGGAACCCGAGUGACUCUGAAGGCUUGCUAAGACUGUGUGAAUAUGAAAUUCACUUAAGAGUCAAGGAGCAACGGGACCAAAAGGUGUGGGAGAGAGUGGGAGAGGUCCUGAAGCGCAAGAGACCAGAGAAGGUCAAACUCUGUCUACAUUUGGUGGACAACUCACUGCAUGCAGCUGAUUCCUUGGGAAAGAGCAUAUUUGACUGUUUGCCAAGCAUCGAGGCUAUCAGGUGGAUACAUUACAUGUACUGUACGGUCAUUAUGUAGGUUGUUUAUUAUGUAGCUGAGCUCAAGCCUCAUUAUGAUAACUGUAUAACCAUUGUAUAAUACCAUUAUUUUAGGUUUGUUGAACCUGUUGAUCUGAGACAGUCAUUUGUGGCAUGGAAAAUGGAGGUGAGUUCAUUCCAGCAGGAUAUCUUGCUGCACGGGGCUCUGUACCAGAUGGAGACAGGACUGAAAUCUGUGGAGGACCUGCAAGCAGUGCUUUGUCUGGCUAGCACAUAUUCUUUAGAGGAACAGAGCAAAUUCAUUUUGAGUUUGUACCAACAUAUAGGGAAAUAUGAGAGUGACGAAGGUGUAGCAGUUCUACCAACAUUGCAGCCAGUUUUCAAGUCAUUUCCUGCAGUCUGGUACAUACACUUUGCUGAUACGAAGGCCUCUGUCCUCCUUGAGGUGAUGAAACUGCAAAAUGUGAAGAAACCAGUGGAGCUGUGGUGGUCAAAUUAUGAGUGUGACAUGAACCUCAUUCAUUGUUUGCCUUAUAUUUCACAGCUAAGGCAAGUUUAUCAAAGUCAUGUUUUGUUAUUUGUCUGAUUUAAACCAAUUUUUGUUUAUGCGAUUUACAGGCUAACACUUUUCAUUGUCUACAGUUUUAGCAUAAAGGUCCUAAUGGAGUGUGGUCAUUAAAAAAAGGUUUUCUCUAUGAACAGGUUCAAUGACUGCAUUCUGAUCCAGUAUGAUGACACUAAAGGAACCAUUGAAGGCCUUUUGAAACUCUUCUGUUUUGCAAAGCAGCAUCAGCCUGAGACAGGAGAGGAGACACUGAGGAUGCUGUCGACAGUAUGCAGCUACUCAAACUUCCCCUUUGCCAGUGGUAACAAAGAUGAACAGAGUGAUUUUCUGCUAGAUUUGUACUCCUCUGCAAAGUUGUUUGAACUUGAAUUGGAGGGCCAAAUUCUCCCAUCAUUGUUGACAGUCUUUCAGUCAGCUCAGCCUGCAGCCUGGGUCCUCGACCUCAGUACAGACAAGGCCUCCAUCCUACUUGAGGUGCUGAAACUCCAAACGGAGAAGAAACCAGUUCGACUGAAGGGCUGGCUUGAGACUGAUAAAAGUAAAAUAAGGAGUUUUCUUCUGUGUCUACCGUAUAUUUCACAACUGAGGUAGGUCAAUGUUCAGUCCCUUUCAAACACAUACAGGAGGUGAGAAGUUGUUCCAGCCUUUCAUGACCUAACACAUUGUUUUCUGGCAGGAUUAUUCCUCAAGAUGAGAGUGAUACAGAGGUGAAGAUGCCUACACUGACUUCUGAGCAACUAAAGAGAUUCUUCCUUUUGCACCUGCUUGAUCAUGGAGAUCUGGACAACACUGAGACAGGACAGAGCUCUGUUGAGGAACUGUUGUCAGUUCUUGGGUUUGCUCAUUCAGACAACUCUCCAGAAAGGUGCUUGUUUCUGUUAGAUCUGUUCUCACAUUGGAAAGACUACGAGACUCAAACAGGCAGAAAAGUUUGUCAAGCAUUACUGCCUGUUUAUCGGUCAGCUCCUGCAGUCUGGUCCAUAGACCUCUCGGAGAGAAAGGGCUCUCUAAGCUGUGAUGACCAGUUCCAGCUGUCUCUAUGGGGUGCACUCCCUUUCGGCUCAGAAUGGGAUGCACAGCUAGCCUCCUCACUCCUCCAGGCCCUAGACUACACCAUCACAUUGUCAGGGUGGUUGCCCACUGUAACCUGCAAUGCAGUAGGUGCAGUCCUAGGGCAAUCUGCCCCUGGAGAAAAACUCAACGUCAGUCUCACCCCAGAUAGUAUCUCUUUCCAAGGAGCUGCAGUACUCUUCAAACAAGUGAAAGAGUUUCACAAACUUAAGUAUGAUCUUGCUAGUGGUAUUUUAACAAUGUAGAAUGGUGGGGGUAAAAAAAAUUAGUGUUUUGAUCAUGAUUUGCAGAAUAAGUCCUCUUAUUUGUAUUGACUUCCAGGGUUAACGAAAUGUCAACAGCGAAACUGGCCAGAUUGGCAAAGUCAACGUCAUGCCGAAGCCCAAUGGUCGUUGAGGAGCUGACUCUUGUCUUGUCUAGGCCAAUUCCAAAAGAAGGGGUGCAGUGUAGAGUGCUCAGUGGUUUAGCUUCACUCCUUAGAGUUUGGACUGUAAGGAUCUUAAAUCUGAGAGACUGUCCAAUCCAUGGUUUCCUUCUCACUACCUUGUUGUGUCAUCAGGGUCCACUCACUAUCAGGCAAGUUUCUUUGUUUCUAGAUCUUCUUCACACUUGAAAAAAUAUGAUGGACUUUUGUUUUGUGAGGCUUGCUAUUGUUUUGAAAUUGCAGAUGGGUGUUUAUGUUUGUGUGUUUCUAUGGCAGACUGAGUAAGGAGACUCUGCAGCAGCUGGCUGUUGUGGUGUAUGAGGCUCAGGAUGAAGAACUGACCCAAUGCUUUCUGGAAAAGUUAGGUAGUGAUCUGUCUAACUGUACACUGGACUGGGAUGUGCUUCACUACCUGCUGAAGAGCACCACACAACCCAUCACCAUCAACCUCAGGAGGAGCAGAAUCAGAGACCAAUACAUACCUCAUCUUCUCCCUUUGCUGAAGAAUGUUCACUUUCAAAGGACUGGGUGACACAAUAUAUUGAUUUCUAGUUUAUAUUAAAUAUGUUACAUGAUUCCAACAAUGAAAAUGUUGUUUUCCUGUUUAUAGUAAUUAUAUAACUUGGUACCGUCUUCCUUUGUGUCCGCAGGACAAGCUCCCAGUUUGAGAGGACAGCUCUGAGAGAAAUACAUGAGCAACGUGCUGGUCACUUGGUGAACAGUUUAGUGAGGUCAUCAGAUGAAUGGAUCAACCUGAACAACCUGGUCUUGAACCAUGAUGACUGUGAAGCGCUUCGUUUUGCCCUGCACUACAGUGACGGGGUCAAACUCAACCUGUUGUUGACCAUCAUUCCAAAGGAGGAAAUGGAGAGCAUUCUGACUCUUCUACACAGAGUCUCUGAGCUCAGGUCACUGUCCAAUUGUCUAUCAGCAUCCCUUACCUUGAAUGUGUCUUUUACUUGAUUUAAAUUUGUGUUUUUGGGUAUGAGUGAACAGACAACCUGGUCGCACACCCAUUUGCAUGAUAUUAUUGUGUUACAAAUGGUCCUGUGGUGUUGAACUGUUGGAAAAGUGGUCAUACAGUUCAUACGUCUUGGCAGUCAUACAGUAUCAUAUGUCUUGUUGCAUUAGCAUUUGAUACUAACGUUAGCUAGCAGGUUAGCUUAACAUAGCUAUCAGGUUAGGUUAACAUAGCUUGCUGGUUAGCUUAACGUGGUUAGGGUUAGCUAACAUGCUAAGUAGUUGCAAAACGCUAAAGUUGUGGUUAACUAAAGUUCCUAAUUAGCUAAGAUGCUAAUGUUGUCCCCAACGCGAUUCGAACAUGCAACCUUUGUACUUUCGUUUCUGUCUUAAGUAACCAGACCAUUUGUAACAUAUUAUAGGUAUUGGAUGUAACCCAAAAUAAUCGUAUUAUCCUACGUCUAGUCGGAGCGACCAAGCUGUAAUAGAAUACUGUUCCAAAGUACAUGUCCACCAAUUCAUGCUUACCUUGCAGGGUCGACAGGAACCUAUUGCUGGAGCUCCUCCAUACCUGUGCAGGAUUGAGAACAAAGAGAGGGGCAGCACCUGCACUCCUGACAGUGCUGCAUCACAAACUGGACCUCUCCUGCUCCUCUGCGAUGGACCUGUUUGGGCAGGAGAAAGAGAAUGUUUUGAGCCUCAGUUUUGGAGACUGUAGGGUCAUCUCCGCAGCCAUCCAGGAAGCUGAUGGUGACACAGAGCUAAUCCUACACGACUGCCAUGUUGACGAUGCAGGACUAGAGGAGCUGCUUCAUGUUUUUCACAGGAUUCAUAUGAGGUGAGAUGCCUAUCUUAAGAAAGCUUCCUUGUUUUAACAUUUGUCUGACUACAUAUAAUGUCCUCUCCUGAAUCCAACAUUUACUCCUGCAGUAAAUAGCAACCGCACACAACCAUUCUGUGAUCUUGUGAGUGCUUUACAUUUGAACGUCCAUUAGCCUAAUGACCUUGUUCGACUUUGUUACACAUCAGCUUUGGAAAACCUCUUCUGCUGCAUCUCCUGCACUUGAGAUUUGUGGAAGAUGGAGACAGGUCAGUGAGGCUUGCUUCAUUACUCUCCAGAACCCUGGAAAAGAAGAUGGACCUCAGUCAGAGCCCUUUAGACUUAAGGGCCUGUUCAACACUUGCCUUGCUUCUAGAACACUCUGAAGGGCUUUCCGAGCUGGACCUUAGUGACUGCCACCUCACUGACACACACCUGGAUGUGCUACUCCCACAUCUGCACAAAGUUCAAGUCCUGAAGUAAGGACAAUAUAAUAUGGAAUGUCCAUUGAACAGCAAUAACUAUUGCAGAUUGCACUUUUAAGACAGUAAAACUGCACCAUGUUCUCUCUUUCAGUCUUUGCAAUAAUGAAAUCACUGACAAAGGUGCUGUGAAACUUAACCUAUACAUGAUCGGCAAUAGCUUUACAGAAACCGUAUGGUGAGUAAAACGUUCUUGCUUGUUGUUCUAACAUAGCAGCGUUAGCUAGAUAGUUAACAACUAUAAAAAAAAGUUGGAUAGCUAGCCUGCUAACGUAACUGUUAGCUAGCUAGCUAACAGCAUUAUAGCUAGGUAGAAUAGAAACCGCAACAACCAAACUCCAAAUGGCUCUGGAGGUAGGCAUAGUCAUAGACAUGCUCAAAAACACAACGGUUCAGUACCCAGGUGGAUUUUUUUUUAGUUCGGCUGUUGAGGUUUCUGUCUGAACAUUCCCCGAGUGGCCCGACGCUCCUCCAUAGCUGAUGCUAAGUGAUAAUUUACGCUUUCAGGUUAUGCUGUUUGUUUAAGGAUUGCUUUUGAAACCUCUGAAAAUGUCCAGAGAAAGCAAAUAUGCAAUUUGUUGACACUACAACAUAGUAGACUUAUUUAUUUAUUAACCUUUAUUUAAAUAGGGAGUCACAUUGAGAUAUAACUAUUUUACAAGAAAGCCCUGUAUACGUUUACAAAUAAAACUCAAUACAUAAAUAAAAUACAACAGCCCUACAUAUAUAUUACAAAUAGAACACACUAUAAUAAAACACAAUACACAAGAUUAAACAUACAGUGGGGAGAACAAGUAUUUGAUACACUGCCGAUUUUGCAGGUUUUCCUACUUACAAAGCAUGUAGAGGUCUGUAAUUUUUAUCAUAGGUACACUUCAACUGUGAGAGACGGAAUCUAAAACGAAAAUCACAUUGUAUGAUUUUUAAGUAAUUCAUUUGCAUUUUAUUGCAUGACAUAAGUAUUUGAUCACCUACCAACCAGUAAGAAUUCCGGCUCUCACAGACCUGUUAGUUUUUCUUUUAGAAGCCCUCCUGUUCUCCACUCAUUACCUGUAUUAACUGCACCUGUUUGAACUCGUUACCUGUAUAAAAGACACCUGUCCACACACUCAAUCAAACAGACUCCAACCUCUCCACAAUGGCCAAGACCAGAGAGCUGUGUAAGGACAUCAGGGAUAAAAUUGUAGACCUGCACAAGGCUGGGAUGGGCUACAGGACAAUAGGCAAGCAGUUUGGUGAGAAGGCAACAACAGUUGGCGCAAUUAUUAGAAAAUGGAAGUUCAAGUUCAAGAUGACGGUCAAUCACCCUCGGUCUGGGGCUCCAUGCAAGAUCUCACGUCGUGGGGCAUCAAUGAUCAUGAGGAAGGUGAGGGAUCAGCCCAGAACUACACGGCAGGACCUGGUCAAUGACCUGAAGAGAGCUGGGACCACAGUCUCAAAGAAAACCAUUAGUAACACACUACGCCGUCAUGGAUUAAAAUCCUGCAGUGCACGCAAGGUCCCCCUGCUCAAGCCAGCGCAUGUCCAGGCCCGUCUGAAGUUUGCCAAUGACCAUCUGGAUGAUCCAGAGGAGGAAUGGGAGAAGGUUAUGUGGUCUGAUGAGACAAAAAUAGAGCUUUUUGGUCUAAACUCCACUCGCCGUGUUUGGAGGAAGAAGAAGGAUGAGUACAACCCCAAGAACACCAUCCCAACCGUGAAGCAUGGAGGUGGAAACAUCAUUCUUUGGGGAUGCUUUUCUGCAAAGGGGACAGGACGACUGCACCAUAUUGAGGGGAGGAUGGAUGGUGCCAUGUAUCGCGAGAUCUUGGCCAACAACCUCCUUCCCUCAGUAAGAGCAUUGAAGGUGGGUCGUGGCUGGGUCUUCCAGCAUGACAACGACCCGAAACACACAGCCAGGGCAACUAAGGAGUGGCUCCGUAAGAAGCAUCUCAAGGUCCUGGAGUGGCCUAGCCAGUCUCCAGACCUGAACCCAAUAGAAAAUAUUUGGAGGGAGCUGAAAGUCUGUAUUGCCCAGCGACAGCCCCUGAAACCUGAAGGAUCUGGAGAAGGUCUGUAUGGAGGAGUGGGCCAAAAUCCCUGCUGCAGUGUGUGCAAACCUGGUCAAGACCUACAGGAAACGUAUGAUCUCUGUAAUUGCAAACAAAGGUUUCUGUACCAAAUAUUAAGUUCUGCUUUUCUGAUGUAUUAAAUACUUACGUCAUGCAAUAAAAUGCAAAUUAAUUACUUAAAAAUCAUACAAUGUGUUCUCCCCACUGUAUUUAACAAAAGCAAUCGCAUUUUGUAACAUAAAAGUCGCCAAUCAAUAAUUUAAAAUGCCUAAAAGGCACCAGAAUAUCUAAUUGCAAGGAGUUCUGUGUAUUGUUCCACACAUAAGGGGCAGAUUUUCCUAAUUCUGUGGAGACCAAAGGCAUCUCCAGAGUUAUCCAUCCCUGAGAACGGGUUUGGUUAUUUGUACGUCUAAAAUUAAUCAGUGAAGUAAUGUACAGAGGAAGUUUCUCCAAGAUGGCUUUGUAAAUAAAUAAGAGUGCAGCUCUCUUCUUACAGACAGAGAGGUCCAUCCCACAUGUUUGUAGUGUUGCAGUGAUAAAACGUAUUGCUGAAUGGAAUACUGAGUCCAACGGUUUCAAAACAGAGGCUGCCGCGUGCAUAUAAAUAAUGUCACCAUAGUCUAUUACAGGGAGAAGCUGUUUGAACAAUCUUCCUUCUAUUUUCAGAACUGAGGCAGGAUUUAUUUCUAUAUAAAAAAAACUCAUAGAUCUCAGCUUCUUUGUCAAGUUUUCAAUGUGUGUUUCAAAUGACAACUUGUCAUCAAGCCAGAUACCCAAGUACUUAUAGUGAGAAACUUGCUCAAUUUGGGCUCCAUUUGGAGUGCAAAUAUGCACAUCCUUAGGGUCAACAUUAGGAGACCUAGAGAACAGCAUAAACUUGGUUUUAUUUUCAUUUAACACUAAUUUAAGAUCUAUAAGUGUUUUUGGAUUGAGUCAAUCAUGUUGAAGGUCACGAAUGGCCUGCUGCACUGAAGAGGCACAGGAAUAAAUAACUGUGUCAUCUGCGUAGAGAUGUAUUUCCAAUGUCAUUUAUACACAACGUGAACAACAAUGGCCCCAAAAUCGAACCCUGGGGUACCCCUUUAAGCACUUCAAGAAAUUCGGAUUUAACCCUGUCUAUCAUAAUAGCCGGGGUUCUGUCACUAAGAUAAUUCUGAAACCACAAACAGGCAUCAGUGCCAAGGCGUAACACAGACAACUUACUCAAUAAGAUAGAAUGAUCAACUCUAUCAAAAGCUUUUGACAAAUCUAUAAAUAGGGCAGCACAAUUCGUUUUAGCAUCCAAAGCAUUGACAAUAUAAUUUACAACUGAUGUGGUUGCAGUAAUCGUACUGUGCCCAGGUCUAAACCCUGAUUUGAUGUACAUUCAAAAUACAGUUCACAGAUUUAAAAAAGAACAAAGUUGCACAUUCACCAAGGAUUCAAGAAUAUUAGCUAGACAAGAAAGCCUUGAUAUGGGCCGAUAGUUGUCAAGAUCACAACAAUCACCUCCCUUAUGUAGUGGCAGCACAUAAAUUGAUUUCCACACUUUAGGAAUAUUUCCUGAUAACAAUGUUAAAUUAAAGAUGUGGGUUAUUGAGCUAACAAUGAGGGACGCUGCACACUUGAGCAGACCUGGAUCCAAAUGGUCGGCCCCUCUAGAUUUUAAUGCCAACAACACAUCAAGGACUUAACUGUCUGUGAAUUGCUGAAAGGAAAAACCCUGACCGACAUUUUCAAAUGUAUUCAGUAAAAUUCCCCCAUCAACAUCCAGUACAUUGUCACAGUGAGUAGGUUUUUGAAUUCUGUCAAUAAAAUGUUGAUUUAAUUAAUUAUAUCAGUAAUGGGGCCAGACUACAUUAAUUUGUAAGAGCAGAGAAAGUACAACCCUUUAAUGAUUUCACAGUUUUCCAGAAUUUAUAUGGAUUUCCAGAACAGUCAGCUAGUGUUAAUAUAAUCAUCAGAUUUCGCUUUUCGAACAAGUUUUACACAUGGUUUUCUCAAUUAUCGUAAGGAUUGCCAGUCCCGGCCGGAGUCAGUACUUCUAGCCAUGGCCCAGGCAGCAUCUCUAUUGCGUAUGAACUCAGAUAAUUCAGGUGUGAACCAAGGGUUCGAUCUAUUCUUAACUCUCUGUUUUUUUAAAUGGGGCAUGCUUAUCUGCAAUGUUGUUAAAAACAGUAAUAAAGUGAUUUAGAGCCAAUUCAGAAUGGAUACACAUUCACAAAUGCAAGUGAAUAAAAAAUUAUUUGCAGCUCUGUUUUUCUCUGUUUGCAGCGGGUCAUUUCAUAGGAAAUGGUCAGAGGGGAAUGGUCAGAGGGGAAUGGUCAGAGGCAAUCUCAUAUUGUAACAUCAUCAAAAGUUUGACAAUAAAGGCGCUAACAUUGCGUCCAUUCUAAAAGUUGGUUGAAUUCUGUAAAUCUAUGGCUCUGCCUGCCUCCAACUGUCACAAUGUAGAAUCAUUCUUCUCCACAGGCUCUCCAACAACAUGAUCACUGAGUUUGACAUCUUAAUGGAAGACAAUCGCUACAAACUGUGCCCUGCUCACAUGGAGCCUGGGUGGCACGAUCAGCGCAUUUCUUCCCUGGGAUCUACCUCUGGGACAAAUGAGACCUCUAAAGUAUUUGCAACAGUAGAGUUAUUGAUUUAAAUUGAACAGCACAAACUGGGUUUUCACAAAAUGAUUUUGGUGUGAAAUAGUCCAUAUGACAUGUUUCUCAAUUAUUGCCCAUGAUGUGAUUGCAUAUGGGUAUAUGUUGUGAAAUUGUUAGAUAUUGCUUGUUAGAUAUUACUGCACUGUCGGAGCUAGAAGCACAAGCAUUUCGCUACACCCGCAAUAACAUCUGCUAAACACGUGUAUGUGACCAAUAAAAUCGGAUUUGAUAUGAAUAACAUUUUACAAUGGAUUUUUCACUUAGACAUGUGUUUGCGUAUACUAACCUCACUGUUGUCUUCCACUUUUAUAGACAAAAACCCUCAUUGAAGAAUUUGACCCUGACAAAACAAUUACAGACAAGAAGAUUACCUACAGGUACCUACUUUGGGUUUAAUGAUCAAUUACAGUUGUGUUUUUUAGGCUGAGCGUACUCAUGUUUUAUUCCCAAUCAGAGCCCAAACACAGCCUAAAGUUUCCUCCUUAUCUCUUUCUGUGAUUCUCUGUAAUGCUGAAGCAAGCCUAUGGUCGGGAUCAAAUGUAUUGCAGGUUGUGGGUUUCCAGAUAGUGCAUUUGAAAUUGUCUGUCUGUGUACUGGAUAACUUCUUAGUCAGGUUUGCCGUCAGAACUGAAUUAAUCACGCCACGAGACUGGCAGUUUCUAAAUCAAGUGUUAACUCCCAUGCAAAUCAAACACACCUCUGAAAGAACUAUCUGGAAACCCACUCUUUGCAAUUGCUUGAAUACCAGCCUAUGUUUCACCUGUUUACAGUCUCUUUCAUGUCAUAAUAAUCAAUGGCCGGUGUCUGGGAGCUAGAAUUGGAUUCAUGUAUAUUCUUCCAAUGCAGAUACAAAAAAAUUGUAAUGAGAGCAAGCUGCAAUACAAUAAAGAAAACUUAGCAAACGAGGCAUUUGUGGCAAUUAAGUGCAUGGAGGCCUCCAUCUUAAGGCACGUCCCUCAUUGGUUACCCUUAGACUUACCCCACCUCUAUUUUACACUCCCUCCAUUUCAUGGUGCUCCCCAGGGUCCAGUGUGGGUCUCGUGGCAGGUUCCAGUGUAGAGCUACAGGGCUGGUUUUUGGGAUGAGGGGGCCAGGAAUCGUGGAGUACAGUGUGGUCCACUGGGACAGGGGUAUCCUUGCUAACACCAGCUAUGAGCCUGCAGGCCCCUUGUUUCAACUCAGGAGUCCAGAGGGACAUAUGUACCAACUACAUCUACCUCACUGCGAGGUUAAUGGUGAGUGAAUUGUUGUUGUGGCUCCACCAAUCUGCAUUGAAACACCACACAUUACUAUGAGAAAUUGGUUUCAUGCAUUUCAUCUCUCUCUCACCCCCCCCCCCCCCCCCUCACCCCUCCAAGUGUCCGCAGCUGAGAACCUUCUUGUGGCCCAUAUAUGCAGAAAUAACAGGGAGUUCUUAAUACCCAAGGUGACACACUCACACGUGAUUGUAAGCAUUAGUGGGCUGUCACAUUAUGGAAAAGCCCGUAAAAAACAAUCCAACAGCAACCGUAUCCAAGGACAGGUGCUACUGUUCCUUGAGCCUGAAGCAACUCCAGAAGAGAAAAGGCUCUGGGUGUUCCUGCUGCCCCGAGACAUGCCGCCAGACGAGGUACAUCGAAGUCCCUUCAAUGAACUUCUCCUUUUUAAAAUAUUUUGUCAACUUAUGAAUGACUGGUUAGUUACCUGGGCCCGGUUUCCCAAAAUUAUCUGAAUAAAGGGAAAUGUAAAAAAUCUCCAGCAUCAACCCCAACAUCAACAUAUGAGGAAAAUGGCACGUUUCUAUGUUUUGUAGUAAAAAAGGAAGAGGAAGAUAAGUGUUUCCAAUGAAAUCAUCAAUCAAUUGGUAGGCAACGCCUACUCACAAUUGGUCAACAUCACACGAUGCACACUGAUGCAUAAAAACUGUUUUGCAAAUAUAUAUCUUACUUAACCAACAAUGCAGAUGUUUUUUUUUUUUUACGGCUUGUAAGUAAGCAUUUCACGGUAAGGUUGUUCACCUGUUGUAUUCGGCAUGUGACAAAUAAAAAUGUGUCAUUGGAAACACUUAUCUUCCUCAAUCUUUUUUACUACAAAACAAAGAAACAAACAUUUUUCACAUAUGUUGAGGUGGUGCUGGAGAUGAAGUUUCCCUUUAAGGCUAAAUUCAUUGUAAGAACCUUCGUAGGAGCAUUGUUAAAUCUCUGAGCUGUUUCCCAAAAUCAUUGUUACUAAAGUUGCACUUGAAAACACUUGUUAUUUACCGACUGCCUCAGACCACUGGUAGAACAGCUAAGUGCUAAGUGCGUCGUUAGAUGCUACACUAGUCAGAAAAUUCUAUAGGAUUCCAAUCAAAAUAAUCAUAUAAGAAUCCAAUAGAAAAUCCUAUCAGAUUUUGGAACCUAUACUAUAUGAUUUUAUUUUCUAUUGGAGUAUAUUGGAACCAAUAGGACUGGUUCUAAAAUCUGAUAGGAUUUUUCUAUUGGAUUCUUGUAUUGGAAUCCUAUAGGAUCCUAGAAGAUACAAUCAAUCAAUCAAUCAAUCAAUCAAUUUUAUUUUAUAUAGCCCUUCGUACAUCAGCUAAUAUCUCGAAGUGCUGUACAGAAACCCAGCCUAAAACCCCAAACAGCUAGUAAUGCAGGUGUAGAAGCACGGUGGCUAGGAAAAACUCCCUAGAAAGGCCAAAACCUAGGAAGAAACCUAGAGAGGAACCAGGCUAUGAGGGGUGGCCAGUCCUCUUCUGGCUGUGCCGGGUGGAGAUUAUAACAGAACCAUGCUAAGAUGUUCAAAAAUGUUCAUAAGUGACAAGCAUGGUCAAAUAAUAAUCAGGAAUAAAUCUCAGUUGGCUUUUCAUAGCCGAUCAUUAAGAGUCCCCAUAGGAGUCCAAUAGGACUGGUUCCAAAAUCUGAUUUUUCUAUUGGUCAUACUGCAAAUGAAUGAACUUGCAGCCUUGAAUCACUCCCAUAUUGUGGUGGUGUGUUGAAGUUGAGAACCUCAGGGAAUUAUUACUGGUGUGAAUAGGCAAAGAUAUGGAGUUUGUGCUCUGGUUAAGGCCUUCCCACACUGUACGUUGGAUUCAGUAUUUACGAUUAUUACAUGUCACACUGUGCUAUGUGACUAGGGCUGUUACGGGUGACCGUAUUACCACCACACCGGCAGUCACGAGUCAUGAAGGCAGUCAACUUCCACAUGACCGUUUAGUCACAGUAAUUAGGCUUCUCCAAGCUCUGAUGCUGCCGAUGGUCAUUAGUAGCCUACCAAACUUGCUAACUGCCUGGUACUCAGCACUCUCUUGUCCCUCUAAUCACUCUGACAUCAAUGCAAAUGUAAUCGAAAAUCUAAUCAAACACUUCAUGAGUGCCAAUGAGCUCAUGUUGCACAACAUUUCUAUAGGUUAUGCAAUUGUAUGAGAGAACAGUUUUGAUGGCCUCUUAAAAAGAGGGGGAUCCAAUCAGCUUUCUAUUGGCUAGGCCUACUAUAUUUAUUUAUCAACUUUCCUAAUAUUAAGCACAUUGCUUCACUUUACAACAGGAGUAUAGCCUACCUGGCUGGCAUGAAAAUGAACCAUGAUAAAAGCAUCCUCGUUAUUUAAGUGCAUAGUCCUCCAUUCGCUAUUUAAGUGCAUAGAUGACAUGUAUUUCCCCCCCCCCCCCCAUGCCCCUGUUCCGAGACAGGUGCAUGAUAAUGGUCCAUUCUAAAUCAAAACUAAUACUAUAUUAUUUAGUAUAUGUAAAGACAACAUUACAUUAAGAAUAGUCUGAUGGGUGACAAUAUUAGCAUAUCACUUGUGAAUGAUGUAUUAUCACUUGUGCAUUCAGGCCAGAAACUGCGCAUACCUUUUUUUGCGACUUAUUCCAAAUCAUAGUCAAAUCAAAUGUUAUUUGCCACAUGCGCCAAAUACAACAGGUGUAGACCUUACAGUGAAACGCUUACAAGCUCUUAACCAACAAUGCAGUUAAGAAAAAAAGUUAAGUAAAAGUAGAUAAGUAAAAAUGUUGUACAAAAAUUUAAGAGCAGCAGUAAAAUAAAAUAACAGUAGGGAGGCUAUAUACAGGGGGGUACCGGUGCAGAGUCGAUGUGCGGGGGCACCGGUUAGUCGAGAUAAUAUGUACAUGUGGGUAGAGUUAAAGUGACUAUGCAUAGAUAAUAAACAGAGUAGCAGCAGCGUAAAAGACAAUGCAAAUAGUCCGGGUAGCCAUGAUUAGCUGUUCAGGAAACUUAUGGUUUGGGGGUAGAAGCUGUUAAGAAGCCUUUUGGACCUAGACUUGGCGCUCCGGUACCGCUUGCCGUGCAGUAGCAGAGAGAACAGUCUAUGACUAGGGUGGCUGGAGUCUAUGACAAUUUUUAGGGCCUUCCUCUGACAUCGCCUGGUAUAGAGGUCCUGGAUGGCAGGAAGCUUGGACCCAGUGAUGUACUGGGCCGUACGCACUACCCUCUGUAGUGCCUUGCUGUCGGAGGCCGAGCCUUCUGUAGUUGCCAUACCAGGCGGUGAUGCAACCAGUCAGGAUGCUCUCGAUGGUGCAGCUGUAGAACUUUUUGAGGAUCUGAAGACCCAUGCCAAAUAUUUUCAGUCUCCUGAGGGGGAAUAGGCUUUGUCGUGCCCUCUUCACAACUGUCUUGGUGUGUUUGGACCAUGAUAGUUUGUUGAUGUGGACACCAAGGAACUUGAAGCUCUCAACCUGUUCCACUACAGCCCCGUCGAUGAGAAUGGGGGCGUGAUCAGUCCUCUUUUUUUUCUUUACUGUAGUCCACAAUCAUCUCCUUUGUCUUGAUCACGUUGAGGGAGAGGUUGUUAUCCUGGCACCACACGGCCAGGUCUCUGACCUCCUUCCUAUAGGCUGUCUCAUCGUUGUCGGUGAUCAGGCCUACCACUGUUGUUUUGUCAGCAAACUUAAUGAUGGUGUUGGAGUCGUGCCUGGCCAUGCAGUCAUGGGUGAACAGGGAGUACAGGAGGGGAUUGAGCAUGCACCCCUGAGGGGCCCCCGUGUUGAGGAUCAGCGUGGCAGAUGUGUUGUUACCUACCCUUACCACCUGGAGGCGGCCCAUCAGGAAGUCCAGGAUCCAGUUGCAGAGGGAGGUGUUUAGUCCAAGGGUCCUUAGCUUAGUGAUGAGCUUUGAGGGCACUAUGGUGUUGAACGCUGAGCUGUAGUCAAUGAAUAGCAUUCUCACGUAGGUGUUCCUCUUGUCCAGGUGGGAAAGGGCAGUAUGGAGUGCAAUAGAGAUUGCAUCAUCUGUGGAUCUGUUGGGGCGGUAUGCAAAUUGGAGUGGGUCUAGGGUUUCUGGGAUAAUGGUGUUGAUGUGAGCCAUGACCAGCCUUUCAAAGCACUUCAUGGCUACAGACGUGAGUGCUACGGGUCGGUAGUCAUUUAGGCAGGUUAUCCUAGUGUUCUUGGGCACAGGGAGUAUGGUGGUCUGCUUGAAACAUGUUGGUAUUAGUCAGGGACAUGUUGAAAAUGUCAGUGAAGACACUUGCCAAUUGGUCAGCGCAUGCUCGGAGUACGCGUCCUGGUAAUCCAUCUGGCCCUGCGGCCUUGUGAAUGUUGACCUGCUUAAAAGUCUUACUCACAUCAGUUACGGAGAGUGUGAUCACAUAGUCAUCCGGAACAGCUGAUGCUCUCAUGCAUGCUUCAGUGUUGCUUGCCUCGAAGUGAGCAUAGAAGUGAUUUAGCUCGUCUGGUAGGCUCGUGUCACUGGGCAGCUCGUGGCUAUGCUUCCCUUUGUAGUCUGUAAUAGUUUGCAAGCCCUGCCACAUCCGACGAGCAUCGGAGCCGGUGUAGUACGAUUCAAUCUUAGUCCUGUGUUGACUCUUUGCCUGUUUGAUGGUUCGUCAGAGGGCAUAGCGGGAUUUCUUAUAAGCAUCUGGGUUAGAGUACCGCUCCUUGAAAGCAGCAGCUCUACCCUUUAGCUCAGUACGGAUGUUGCCUGUAAUCCAUGGCUUCUGGUUGGGGUAUGUACGUACGGUCACUGUGGGGACGACGUCAUCGAUGCACGUAUUGAUGAAGCCAGUGACUGAUGUGGUGUACUCCUCAAUGCCAUCGGAAGAAUCCCGGAAUAUAUUCCAGUCUGUGCUAGCAAAACAGUCCUGUAGCUCAUCUGACCACUUCCUUAUUAACCGAGUCACUGGUGCUUUCUGCUUUAGUUUUUGCUUAUAAGCAGGAAUCAGGAGGAUAUAAUGAUGGUCAGAUUUGCAAAAUGGAGGGCGAGGGAGAGCUUUGUACGCGUCUCUGUGUGUGGAGUAAAAAUUGUCUAUUUUCCUCUGGUUGCACAUUUAACAUGCUGGUAGAAAUUAGGGAGAACGGAUUUAAGUUUCUCUGCAUUAAAGUCCCCCGCAACUAGGAGCGCUGCCUCUGGAUGAGCGUUGUCCUGUUUGCUUAUAGCCUUAUACAGCUCAUUGAGUGCAGUCUUAGUGCCAGCAUUGGUUUGUGGUGGUAAGUAGACAGCUACGAAAAAUAUAGAUGAAAACUCUUGGUAAAUAGUGUGGUCUACAGCUUAUCAUGAGAUACUCUACCUCAGGUGCGCAAAACCUUGCGACUUCCUUAAUAUAAAAUGUUGUGCACCAGCUGUUGUUUACAAAUAUACACAGACCGCCACCCCUUGUCUUACCGGAGUCAGCCGUUCUAUCCUGCCGAUGUAGCGUAUAUCCCGCCAGCUAUAUGUUAUCCAUGUCGUCGUUCAGCCACGACUCUGUGAAACAUAAGAUAUUACCGUUGGUAGGAUAUCCGCAAUCGUAGGUCAUCUAUUUUGUUUUCCAAUGAUUGUACGUUAGCUAAUAGGACUGAUGGUAGAGGCAGAUUACUCGCUCGCCGUCGGAUCCUUACAAGGCACCCCGACCUACGUCCACGAUAUCUCUGUCUCUUACUCAUGCGAAUGUAGGGGAUUUGGGCCUUGUCUGCUGUCUGUAGAAUAUCCUUUGCGUCCGACUCGUUGAAGAAAAAAUCUUCAUUCAAUACGAGGUGAGUAAUCGCUGUCCUGAUAUCCAGAAGCUGAUAUCCAGAAGAUCAAGAGGAACGAUCCGUGGGUGAAGUAGGCAUGCUACUUGGACACAAGUCGGGGCUUGAUCAACCCGUGCUGGGUCGCCUGGGCGAGGGUGUAAGAUGUUGAAACACCCGAUGACCUCAGGUUACGUCACUGAUGAGGUGUCCAAUUGCAUUGCAAGAUCUAUUUUUCAAAUGUUAUUCAUUUGUAACUCCACUUAAAGUUAGCCAGCGAUGCACAAAGUAAACUGCAAUAUCGGGCCGAUUUUUCACAAAAACUAAGAAUGUGAAUCGCGAGGCUUCUCUGCUGUUCUGGUCCUGCAGAUAUUGGGUGCGUUCCUCUGCUCAUGCGUUGCUGACUCAUGCCAGAUUUUACGCCUGGAUAGGUAUUUUACGUAUCAACUAACCACAUCAUAUGUUAUAGCUAUCUGCUGCCCAAUGGCACAGUCGAUGACAUGAAAUGCAACCAUUGGUUGAUGCAUGCAACAUCUGAGCAGGGAAACACAACCAUCAUGUUGCAGCAGUGGUGCACAUGGGCAGAUAUUUUUUGCUAAUUUAAAGUCUUGCAUCACCCUCAUCUACAGAAUCUGCAGUUCAUCUUUCUGCUCGUUGCAACGUCAUAUCGCUCAGUCUGUUUAAAUUGUAACAUAGGGACAACAACAAAAAAGCCUUGUGAAUCCCAAACCAGCCCCUUGCCCCUACCAACUCGCUCGGAGUUCCCUUCAUUGUCACGUGUUGCUGACAAAACUCAGAGGGUGACUUCCAGAGUGGAAAGGGGAUCAAAUAAAGAGUCUAAUUAGCCCAUGCCACCCUUAAUAAUUGUCACUCCUUCAGCAUUCGGACACUUGUGCCUAUGACAGAGGCGUGUGUGAACGUGCAAAUGGAGGGGUGAGGGGGAAGAUGAAGGGACUGUUUUGGGAUUCAGCAUUCCUAAACCCUCUUUCAUCUGUCUGUUUGAGUCAUAAAAUAUUUUUCUCAUAGGUGGAAAAUCAGCACAAAGAGUUCACAUUUAUUAAGACCAGCUCAUCCUGUAUGCUGACACUCACAGCAAAAUAUAGUGUGACUUCUGACCUCAAACAGGGCUUUUCUGUCCAACCCAAAGUAAGUGGAACAGCAAACCAGAGACAUCUUGCUAAUGUAACGUUAUUCUGCCUUUCAUUAGGACUAACCAUACCAUUCAUCCAUCUCUCUCUCAUUUUUUUCUCUUUCACAUGUUCCUUCACUUACUCUUUCAGAAAUACACUUUGCACAUUGCACAUUGCCCAUACCAACACGCCACCUUUGAGGUCUUCUUGAACUGUGGUGUCACAGAACUCAAGAUGAACAUUUGGGAGACAACAAAGCUAAAGACGCGGAAACGCUGGACUCGCCGAGUGAUUCUCAACACACCACGGGGUAACUGUUUCCCUCUGACCAACCAGUCAGACAGGAUAUUUGCUUUAUCAUAAUUUUAAACCUGUACUGCUAUCCUACGUUACUUUCAAUCUGAUAACCAUCUUCUCAGAAUGUAGGCUACUGAUGUUAUCUCAUCUGUCUGCUGCAUUAAAUAAAUUCCUGGCCACACAGCUCUCACCAUGUCUCCUCCUGUACUUUCAGCAGAUAAUGCUGCUCAGGUGAAAAGAUUCACUGAGCAGCAGUGGAUAAAGAAUCUGUGUGAAAUACUGGGUGAUCUGUCAAAGGAUGAAAGGAAGAGGCUUAAGUCAAUGAUGAGGAAUAAGGAGCAAAAGCCAAUCACCAAGAGUGCUCUGGAGGGACGAAAAAGUCCGGAGGAGCUUGCAGAGCUGAUGGUGGAGACCUGGGGGAUGCAUGGCUCCAUCAAGGCCACCCGUGAGUUCAUGGAGAGACUGCCACGCAGGGACGAUCGAGUGACAUCCUUGCUGCAGCCAUUCUUGUAGCAAUUUGGUUACGGGUGGGGUGGGAGAUGAUGGAAGUGUGGUGGCUAC